UACCGGGGAGAGCCGAGGACAGAGACACCGGAAACUGCCCCAGGUGCUCCAUGUUAUGUCCCAUUGAGGGAAUCCCAUCCCCCAACCGAUAUUAUCGGCCAUACAUUGUACAAUCUCCAUUAUAUGGGGACAGACCGUCCAAUGUAAGGAGAUUGUACAACCAGAUUGUAUGAUCAAUGGGCACAGUGUACAAUCUGCGUGAGCAACCAAUCAGAAUAGGAGCAUCAAAUCUGACAGUCAAAUACCGUCAUUGUGGUCGCGUCUGUUCCGUAUAUCUGUAGCCGUGCCUGAGGUCUUUCCCCUCCCCCCCACACAAUGGAGAAGGUGCGCUGCCCAGAGCAUGGCUGUCUGUGCUUCCUGAAAACCGGAACCCGGGAAGGACCCAGCAAGGGGAAAAGCUUUUAUAUUUGUUCAGCCAAUCGCACCACGCCUUGCGCGUUCACCGUGUCCGCCGACCUUCCCCCGUCUCACUGUCUGCUGCAUGAAGAACAUCAGGUGGAGCUGCAGACCAUGGUGAAGCAGGACUCCGGAGGUUACAGGUUGUAUUAUCGCUGCACCAAGAGUAAGAAUGACGGCAAGAAGUAUUGUGGGAAUAUUCCAUGGCAGGAAGUGAGGCAGAAGACGGUUCUCAGGCCUGAGCUCCUGUUGGAAUAUUCGGAUAAACCUCAGAGGAAUCCCUUUAGAGUCCUCAAUGAGGGUCCCUUACAUACAACAUGGAAAGAGAUCAGCGUGGACAAAAAUCUCAAGAGGGAGGAAGUGAGACCCCCUGAUCAGGACAGGAAGCCCAGCGAUGAUCCGAGGAGGAAGAAUGAAGAUGGGAGGUCAGAUCAGGAGGAGAAGAAGCAGCAUGGUGAUCGGAAGGAUCGGGACAAAAGUCAUAGCGAUAGGAAGUCUGAGAAGGAAAAGAACCGAGAGGGCAAGAGACAGGAUAAUGAGAAUAAAGACUGUCCAGAGAGGAGGACCAGCGAUGGUCAGGAGAAGGUCAACAGGGGUGGGGAAGAGAGACAGAGAGGUGAGAGCCAAUCUGAUCAGGAGAAGAUCGGUGCCAAUAGAAAUUCUGAUCAGAAGGUUAAUGUCAAUAUUGAUCAGAAGAUUGGUACUGAUAGGAAAUCUGAUCAGAAGAGUCACGUGGAGAGAAAGUCCGAGCAGAAGAUUACUGAUCAGAAGAGUCGUUCCGAGAGCAAGUCCGAUCAGAAGAAGACUUCCGAUAAGAAGCCAGAUCCUGGGGGGCAGGUGAAUAAAUUCCAGGCUCUGCCCAUGUGGCAGAACUCCAAUCCUGAGGGAAAUCCUGAGAUUUUGGUAAACGGGAGCCUAGAUGAGGAGCCGGCCUGCUUUCACACCUGGAGGGAGAAGAAGCUUCCAUCUGGGCUGAAAAUCAAGAAGCCGUCUUCUUCAGACAUAAGAGGGGCCGACCUUCACGACAGACGAGAAGGGGCCCAUCGGCCAGAGUCUGGAAAUAAAGUACAAAAUCCCACACCGGGUGAGGACAUGAAGAAACCUGAUUGCCGGAGGGAGCCCGGCCACCAGGAGACGGUGUCCAGUAAAGACCGUGGUUCUCAGCCGGGUGAUGAAGAGGACCGGUCACCAGGCGAUGGGAAGGCUGAGCCUUCCAGGUUGUCUUCCAAUGACGGGAAGGGCGGUGAGGAGCAGAAGAUCGGUCCGGAGAGUGAUGACGAUGAUCUGGUCUUUGUGAGCUCUCAGGCGGGAAAGAAUAAAGCUACAGUCCAGAGCAGAAUCACUUCCUUCCCGGGUUUCCUCCCGCAGAGCGAAGCUCAGAACUCCACCGGCCUCCGAUCGCUCUUCACAGCUCAGCUCCAGCAGAAGAAGGCUGUCUUGGCGUCUGUGAAUCUGAAGGCGCUCCCGGACAAGGGGGAGAGGCUGAAGAAGCAGGUCCAGGAGCUGGAGGACGCUCUGGAUUCUCUGUCACUGUCUGCUGCGACCACACAGGAACCACAAGGCGUCAUCCAAGAGACGAGACCCAAGAUUCAGUCAGAUCCUGGAAACCCAUUUAGCAGACCGGGCCCUGUGGAGGUCACAGGGGGUGUGAAGCCGCUGUCUUUCCAUGACCUGCCCCCGAGUUCCCUGGGUGUACACGCCCCGGGGCCACGCUCCAGUCAGAGCUACAAGAGUUUGUAUGGAGACCCUCAGUGGCAGAGUCUGUACGGGGGCCGUAUGACCGAAGAACGUCUCUUUGCUAUUCGAAACGCCACAAGUGAGACCAUCGACCAUCUACACAAGAGUCUGGAGUCCUGUCCCGGUCCCGAGACCGCCUCCGAGGAUCCACGGGGUCUGAAGGUUCCUCUCCUCCCACACCAGAAAAAUGCCCUCGCCUGGCUGCUAUGGAGGGAGAACCAGAAACCGCAGGGGGGGAUUCUGGCGGAUGACAUGGGUCUGGGGAAGACGCUGACGAUGAUCGCCCUCAUCCUCGCCCAGAAGAGGAAGCAGAAGUCGGAGAAGAGCGAGGAGAAGAAACUGGAGACCUGGAUUUCCAAAACAGACACCGCCCUGACCGUCUCCCGCGGGACUCUGAUCAUCUGUCCGGCCUCCCUCAUCCACCAUUGGAAGAAGGAAGUGGAGAGGAGAGUAUCGGAUGGUAAAUUACGGGUUUACUUGUACCAUGGCCCCAACCGGGAAAGUGACACCAGACUGUUGGCUCAGUAUGACAUUGUUGUCACCACCUACUCUCUGGUGUCCAAAGAGAUUCCUGCCAAGAAGGAGGAGGGGGAAAGUCCGGCCCAGGAUCAGGAUCUGGAGGACAAGACGGCCUCAUCUCCUCUCCUCCGCAUUGCCUGGGCGCGGAUCAUCCUGGACGAGGCUCACAACAUUAAAAACCCCAAAGUCCAAACCUCCAUCGCUGUGUGCAAGCUGAGAGCCGGGGCCCGCUGGGCGGUGACCGGGACCCCCAUACAGAAUAAUCUGCUGGACCUCUACUCAUUGCUACGGUUCCUGCGCUGCGCGCCGUUCGAUGAAUACAAGCUGUGGAAGAAUCAGGUGGAUAAUGGCAGCAGGAAGGGAGGAGAGAGACUGAAUAUCCUCACCAAGAGUCUUCUUCUCCGGAGGACCAAAGACCAGCUGGACCACACCGGGAAACCCCUGGUGGAUCUCCCCCAGAGGACCUGCCAGGUACAUCAACUGAAGCUGUCGGAUGAGGAACAGGCCGUGUAUGAUGUCAUCUUUGCCAGAUCCAGAUCUACUCUGCAGAAUUACUUGAAGAGACAUGAAGGGGGGGCACAGACCACACCAAAGGGGGCAGAAAAUCCCUUUGAGAAAGUUGCUCGGGAGUUUGGCUCCACCCAGAAUGCCUUGUCCUCAGCUCCGCCCGCUCAGGGGACCAGUACGGUGCACAUUCUGUCCCUCCUUCUCCGCCUACGUCAGUGCUGCUGCCACCCGUCCCUGCUGAAGACGACUUUGGACCAGACGGAGAUGAAGAGCGAAGGGCUGAGCCUGACCCUGGAGGAGCAACUCAACGCCCUGACCCUGUGUGACCUCCAGACCCCGGACCCCAAAUCCACCGUCUCCCUCAACGGAACCAACUUCAGCGCCAAGCUGUUCGAGAGCGACUGCAACAGCACAAAGAUCGACUCUCUGAUGUCACACCUGAAAUCCAUAAGCUCCAGCGCUGAGCCCCAGAAGAGCGUCAUCGUGUCUCAGUGGACCAGCAUGCUGAGGAUCGUAGCCGUACACUUGAAGCGGAUCGGACUUUCUUACGCCACGAUCGACGGUUCUGUCAAUCCCAAACAGCGCAUGGACGUGGUGGAGGAGUUCAAUGUAAACCCCCGGAGGCCCCAGGUGAUGCUCGUGUCUCUGUGUGCCGGAGGAGUCGGAUUAAACCUGAUUGGUGGGAACCACCUCUUCCUAUUGGACAUGCACUGGAAUCCGGCACUGGAGGACCAGGCGUGUGACCGCAUAUACCGCGUAGGACAACGCAAGGACGUGGUGAUACACAGGUUUGUGUGUGAGGGGACGGUGGAGGAGAAGAUCACCCAACUUCAGGAGAAGAAGAAGGAAUUGGCAAAGAAAGUCCUCACCGGAAACGGCACCACCUUCACCAAACUCACGCUGGCCGAUCUGCGGCUGCUGUUUGGGGUGUAACCCGAGUUGGUCGCUCCAUCGCCGGUGUAGUGUGGUGAUCCUGCGCUGGCUACGCUGGUCUUCCCUCCCCACACUACAUCUGGAUGGGGGGGCUCCGGAUAUAACGUGGAUAACUGUUAUUUAUCUGUUUGGGUGCCUUCUAUGAGUGUUUCUGAAAACACUACGCGGCCUGUGAGUGUCGCCGUCUGUAUUAUUUAUUUUAUUAUUUCUGUUAUCUCUGUUCUGUGUAAUAAAACUCAACUUUUAUAA